AUGCCACCUAAUCGAAGCGCAACCUACUUCACUCCAGCGCCGAAAUAUAAUCCUAAGGGGUUGUCGGCCAACGACACUGCCCUAUACACCCGGGGCUAUCACGACGCCAUGAAGGCCGUACAACAUGGCGUAGUGUGGAUCGAGGGCAAAACGUACUCACAAAUACCAAUGUACCUACCCGACCCAUUGGAGUGGAACCAACCACAUGAUGGCCGCCGCGAACCGCAUGAUCGUCAUCCCUCUGUCGAUCGAAGCUACAGCCGCCCCCAACCUAUUUGGGACGAGCGUGAUGUUAAGCGAGAAAAUCUCGGACCGUACGGCCCAUCUCGGAGCCACUCUGAUCCAGUCCCCCGCCUGGGCGUGGCCCCAUACCCACCAGAUUUCUACCGUCCCAGCGCGCCACCAGGCUAUGGCUACCCGCCACAGAUGGAGCCUGGCCCGCCACACUACCCGGUGCAUAUGAGUGGUCCGCCCAUGGGCCCCUACAUGGGAGGCGAGUACGGGCCGAGGUACUACCCGGUUCCAAUGCGCCCUCCAGGGCAGCAGAUGCGAAGCCGCCAACAGAUAUCUUGUCAUCCGUGUCGAAAUCGCAAGGUUAAGUGUUCGGGGACGACUCCUUGCGAGGCGUGCAUCAAGAUCAAGCGCGAGCACGAGUGCGUGUACGAGAAGACGGUGCGGCGGCGAGGUAAAGGCAAGAAAGCGGGCACGACGACUGACGAGAACGGCGAUAGCAAGCCCGACACCGGCGAGGAGGGCCAGAGCGAGGAUGAUCGCCGGGAUGUCUCGACGUCGCCUUCUCGGGGCCGGAUGGACUUUGAGCGCCGUGUUGAUGACCGUGAGCGCCGAGACGAGGAUGAAGGCGAGAGGGUGUCGCGCUCGGCGGACCGUAAACGUCCCCAUUCUCGGUCGCGUUCACCACGACGCCGUUCAGCACUAGGGCCGCGCCAUCAGCGUGACUCGCCAUAG